AUGUCCGGAGCUCCCGCCGGAACGUCGCCAGAGACCAGACGCGCUCUCCGGGAUCCAAUCGAUCACUCCGUCGUCGUCUUCUCCGUCGAGCUUGCGAGAAUCAGCGGUGGCGUAGGAGAGUACGGCGCGAGAGGAGGGGACGAAGCUGCCGAAACCCUAACCGGCAAUCAGAAAAGAUCGGAGGUUCCGUAUUUCCGCGGCGAUCCGGCCAUUUCCCGGCGGCCUCUACUCCGGUGGCGGAUCGAUGGGAAGCACCAUGGUCUGGAGCUCCAGGAGACGGGAAGGAAGAAAGAAUCCAACAGGAACAGAUGCUACGUGCAAGCACAAGUUCGUGAAUUGCACCGACCGUCGAGACCGUGGCAUGCCAACGUCGAUACAUUUAUAGUUUUCCGAUCCCUGACUCCGCUCCUGGCUGCCACUGCCGAUACCUCCUUCAGAAAGCAGCCUUGUCCUUCGAAGCUCACAUUCUUAUCACUUGUCAUUAUGUUGAGCGGUGCGGUUGGUUACGUGAUCGCUGAUUCGGCGUUCACCUCAUGGGCUGUUGCUUAUUUGGUUACCAUCACGAUAGAGAUGGUUUACAUAAAGCGCAUGGUAGGCUUUGUUCUCUACAAUAAUUUCCUCUCCUUGUUGAUGGCCCUGGUGUUCUGGGUCGUGACAAGGGGGUAUGUGGAUGUUUUCACUGCUGCUGGGUCGAGUUCUGGGAGUUGGCUAAGGUUGGAUGCUUUUAUUGCAGUGACUUUGUCUUGUGUUUUUGGAUUUCUAAUCAGUUUCUAAAGUUUUGCGGCGAGGAGAGCAAUCUCGGCCACAGCUGCAUUUACAGCGACUGGUGUUGUCGCCAAGUUUCUUGCUGUUGUCAUCGAUGUGUUGAUCUGGGAUAAGCACGCAAGCUCAAUUGGUCUGGUUUGCUUGCUUCCAACUCUUGUGGGUGGAGUUCUUUAUCAACAAUCGGUUGCUAACAAGCCAGCACCUUCCAUCAGAGCGUGCGUCGAUCUGCAGCGUCUAAACUGGCAAAUAUAUAGUGGGGUUGAAGAUGAUGGCGCUUCAGAAUUUCUCAUAAAGGAUGGUGAUUCUGAAGACGAGAACCAAGAUAUAUUUUUAGCUGUCUGGUAA